AUGAUUUCCCCGUCUCAGUGGUGUUUCGGGUGUGCUUUGUGGUGGUGUUGCGGUGGUGUUGCAUCCCAGCUUUUUGUGGGCAGCCGUGGUUGGAUCUCUUUCCGCGUUUCAGGUUCCCUUUGCUGCUUGCUGCAAGGCCCCAGUUCCAAUACCUACUUUCCCCCUCCCGUGCCGUGUGUCGCAGCGCAGCCGCGGGCGCUUGUUAAUCGGAAAAAAGUGCUGCUAAGGUUUAAGGAACGGACGUUGGGUUGUUCCUUUUUACUUUUCUACUCCUCCAACGUCUUUUCGGUGUUACGAUUUUCUACGUUCGAGCGCUGCGCGUCGCCAAUCCACACUACAACUCCUACUGCGCUUCGUUGA